AUGAAGAAAAUAUCAAUUUGUGUCUCUUUUUUAUUUCUCAACAUUCUUCAUGUGUCUUGUUCACUUGUUCCACAAAAUAAUGAUUUAGUAGACCAAGUAUGCAAAAAGACACCUUAUUAUGAUUUAUGCAUUUCCACACUACAAUCCAAUCCUCAAGCCAAAAAUACUGAUACUAAGGGUAUAGCCUUCAUAAUGGUGAAUGACAUUGUAUCAAACGUUAGUGGUACAGUGAAUUUCAUUGAAGGUCUUAUGAAAAAUACAAAAGACAAGGUUUUGGAGCAAAAUUUGCAAUAUUGUGAUGAGAGAUACAUUCCAUUAGUGAAAACCAUUCUGCCACACGCAGCUGAUGCUGUAAACAAAAAUAGAUUUCAGUUUGCCAAUUACACCAUGAUUUUUGCUCUAUCAGAAAUUGAUGAUUGCAACAAGAAAUUCACAAACUCAACUAGUUUACCCUUAAGUGAUAGGAAUAGCAUUAUUCAAAAAAUGUUGGAUGUGGCUUCAGCCAUACUAACUUUACUAUUAAAUGGUUGA